AUGGAGGCCGUGCCCCGCAUGCCCAUGAUCUGGCUGGACCUGAAGGAGGCCGGCGACUUCCUCUUCCAGGCGGCCGUGAAGAAGUUUGUCCUGAAGAAUUAUGGAGAGAACCCGGAAGCCUACAAUGAGGAGCUGAAGAAGCUGGAGCUGCUCCGACAGAACGCCGUCCGGGUCCCACGGGACUUCGAGGGCUGCAGCGUCCUCCGCAAGUACCUGGGCCAGCUCCACUACCUGCAGAGCCGGGUCCCCAUGGGCGCGGGCCAGGAGGCCGCCGUGCCUGUCACCUGGACUGAGAUCUUCUCAGGCAAGUCUGUGGCGCACGAGGACAUCCAGUACGAGCAGGCCUGCAUCCUCUACAACCUGGGUGCACUGCACUCCAUGCUGGGAGCCAUGGACAAGCGGGUGUCUGAAGAGGGCAUGAAGGUCUCCUGCACGCACUUCCAGUGCGCAGCAGGCGCCUUCGCCCACCUGCGGGAGCACUUCCCCCACGCCUACAGCGUCGACAUGAGUCGCCAAAUCCUCACUCUCAACGUCAACCUCAUGCUGGGCCAGGCGCAGGAGUGCCUUCUGGAGAAGUCGAUGCUGGACAACAGGAAGAGCUUCCUGGUGGCCCGCAUCAGCGCCCAGGUGGUGGAUUACUACAAGGAGGCCUGCCGGGCCCUGGAGAGCCCUGACACCGCCUCGCUGCUGGGCCGGAUCCAGAAGGACUGGAAGAAGCUGGUGCAGAUGAAGAUCUACUACUUCGCGGCUGUGGCUCAUCUGCACAUGGGGAAGCAGGCUGAGGAGCAGCAGAAGUUCGGGGAGCAGGUCGCAUACUUCCAGAGCGCCCUGGACAAGCUCAGUGAAGCCAUCAAGCUGGCCAAGGGCCAGCCUGACACAGUGCAGGAUGCACUUCGCUUUGCUAUGGACGUCAUUGGAGGAAAGUACAAUUCUGCCAAGAAGGACAAUGACUUCAUCUACCACGAGGCUGUCCCGGCCCUGGACACCCUUCAGCCUGUGAAAGGUGCCCCUUUGGUGAAGCCCUUGCCAGUGAACCCCACGGACCCAGCCGUCACGGGCCCUGACAUCUUCGCCAAGCUGGUCCCGAUGGCUGCCCAUGAAGCCUCGUCACUGUACAGUGAGGAGAAGGCCAAGCUGCUUCGAGAGAUCAUGGCCAAGAUUGAGGACAAGAAUGAGGUCCUGGACCAGUUCAUGGAUUCAAUGCAGCUGGACCCCGAGACUGUGGACAACCUGGACACGUACAACCACAUCCCGCCCCAGCUCAUGGAGAAGUGUGCAGCCCUCAGCGUCCGGCCCGACACUGUCCGGAACCUCGUCCAGUCCAUGCAAGUGCUGUCCGGUGUGUUCACGGACGUGGAGGCCUCGCUGAAGGACAUCCAGGACCUGCUGGAGGAGGAUGAGCUGCUGGAGCAGAAGUGGCAGGAGGCAGUGGGCCAGGCAGGGGCCAGCGUGGCCGUUUCCAAGACGGAGCUGGCCGAGGUGAGGCGAGAAUGGGCCAAGUACAAGGAGGUCCACGAGAAGGCCUCCUUCACCAACAGCGAGCUGCACCGCGCCAUGAACUUGCACGUGGGCAACCUCCGCCUGCUCAGUGGGCCACUGGACCAGGUCCGGGCCGCCCUGCCCACCCCGGCCCUCACCCCAGAGGACCAGGCCGUGCUGCAGACCCUGAAGCGCAUCCUGGCCAAGGUGCAGGAGAUGCGGGACCAGCGUGUGUCCCUGGAGCAGCAGCUGCGUGAGCUCAUCCAGAAGGACGACAUCACCGCCUCGCUGGUGACCACGGACCACUCCGAGAUGAAGAAGCUGUUCGAGGAGCAGCUGAAGAAGUACGACCAGCUGAGGGUGUACCUGGAGCAGAACCUGGCCGCCCAGGACAACGUCCUCCGCGCGCUGACCGAGGCCAACGCGCAGUACGCGGCCGUGCGCCGGGCGCUCGGCGAGCUGGACCAGAAGUGGAAGUCCACGCUGCAGAGCCUGGUGGCCUCGUGCGAAGCCUACGAGGACCUGAUGAAGAAGUCCCAGGAGGGCAGGGGCUUCUACGCGGACCUCGAGAGCAAGGCGGCGGCCCUCCUGCAGCGGGCCCAGGCCGCCUGCCAGGCCCGCGAGGCUGCCCGCCAGCAGCUCCUGGACAGGGAGCUGAAGAAGAAGCCACCCCCACGGCCCACAGCCCCCAAGCCGCUGCUGCCCCGCAGGGAGGAGGGCGAGGCUGGCGACAUGGGGGACCCGCCCGAGGAGCUGCGCAGCCUGCCCGACGCCUUCCUGGGAGCUGCCGCCGCGCUCCGCUUCGCUCUGGGCCCCUUCCCCAGCUCGGGGGGCCCGGGACCCCACUAUCUCUCGGGCCCCUUGCCCCCAGGCAGCUACUCGGGCCCCCCCCAGGUGAUGCAGCCCAGGGGCCCCCAGACCCCAGGCCCCCCUGCGAUGGCCAUGGCGCCUGGGCCCGCGGUCUACGGGGCGCCCGUCUACCCCCCGGAGCUGGGCCUCGUGCCCCGCUCCUCCCCUCAGCACGGCGUGGUGGUCGCUCCCUAUGGGGCCGUGGGCCCACACCCCCCGGCUGCCGGCCUGCCCUCCGCCCCCCCUCCCCAGUUCUCGGGCCCUGAGUUGGCCAUGGGGGUCCGGCCAGCCACCACCACAGUAGACAGUGUCCAGGCGCCCAUCUCCAGCCACACAGCACCCCAGCCAAGCCUCACCCCUGCUCCUCCCCAACCCUGCUUCCCAGUACCCCCACCCCAGCCACUGUCCAUGCCCUACACCUAUCCCCUGGGGCCUAAGCAGCCCCUCACAGCACCCCCAUCCCAGCACCACUUUCCUCCCGCAAUCCCCACGGGGUUUCCAGCCCCGAGGAUAGGGCCCCAGCCCCAGCUUCAUCCCACACGGGCGGCCUUUGGGCCCCAGCCCCCCCAGCAGCUCCCUCAGCAGCUCCCUCAGCAGCUCCCUCAGCAGCUCCCUCAGCAGCCCCCCCAGCAGCUCCCCCAGCAGCUCCCCCAGCAGCCCCUGCCCCUCCAGCACCCCCACCUCUUCCCAUCCCAGGCUCCAGGGCUCAUGACUCCCCCGCCCCCCUACCCCUUUGCCCCUCAGCCUGGUGUCCUGGGGCAGCCCCCACCACCUCUACACUCCCAGCUCUACCCAGCCCCCUCUCAGGACCCCCUGCCCCCUCACUCGGGGGCUCUGCCUUUCUCCAGCCCUGGGCCCCCUCAGCCGCCUCAUCCCGCUCUGGCCUAUGGUCCUGCCCCUUCCCCUCGGCCCCUGGGCCCCCAGGCAGCUCCUCUCUCCAUUCAAGGCCCCUCACCUGCCAGCCAGGCCGCCCCUAGCCCCCACCUGGUGCCUUCACCUGCCCCUUCCCCAGGGCCUGGCCCGGUACCUGCUCGGCCCCCUGCCGCAGAGCCGCCCCCAUGCCCGCGCCGGGGCCCUGUGGCCGCAGACCUGCUCUCCUCCAGCCCCGAGAGCCAGCACGGCGGCACCCAGCCUCCCGGGGGCGGGCAGCCCCUGCUGCAGCCGACCAAGGUGGACGCGGCCGAGGGCCGGCGGCCACAGGCCCUGCGGCUGAUAGAGCGGGACCCCUACGAGCGUCCCGAGAGGCUGCAGCAGUUGCAGCAGGAGCUGGAGGCCUUUCGGGGCCAGCUGGGCGACGCUGGGGCCCUGGACGCGGUGUGGCGGGAGCUGCAGGACGCGCAGGAACAGGACGCCCGCGGCCGCUCCAUCGCCAUCGCCCGCUGCUACUCGCUGAAGAACCGGCACCAGGACAUCAUGCCCUACGACAGCAACCGCGUGGUGCUGCGCUCGGGCAAGGACGACUACAUCAACGCCAGCCGCGUGGAGGGGCUCUCCCCGUAUUGCCCGCCCCUGGUGGCCACCCAGGCCCCACUGCCCGGCACGGCGGCCGACUUCUGGCUCAUGGUGCAUGAGCAGAAAGUGUCGGUCAUCGUCAUGCUGGUGUCGGAGGCGGAGAUGGAGAAGCAAAAGGUGGCACGCUACUUCCCCACCGAGAGGGGCCAGCCCAUGGUGCACGGUGCCCUGAGCCUGGCGCUGAGCAGCGUCCGCACGACUGAGACCCACGUGGAGCGGGUGCUGAGCCUGCAGUUCCGGGACCAGAGCCUCAAGCGUUCCCUCGUGCACCUGCACUUCCCCACCUGGCCCGAGCUAGGCCUCCCCGACAGCCCCAGCAACCUGCUGCGCUUCAUCCAGGAGGUGCACGCCCACUGCCUGCACCAGCGGCCCCUGCACACGCCCAUCGUCGUGCACUGCAGCUCCGGGGUGGGCCGCACGGGGGCCUUCGCGCUGCUCUACGCGGCUGUGCAGGAGGUGGAGGCGGGCCACGGGCUGCCCGCGCUGCCCCAGCUGGUGCGGCGCAUGCGGCAGCAGAGGAAGCACAUGCUGCAGGAGAAGCUGCACCUCCGGUUCUGCCACGAGGCGGUGGUGAGACACGUGGAGCAGGUCCUGCAGCGCCAUGGCGUGCCCCCGCCCUGCAGGCCCCUGACCGGCACAGGCGUCGGCCAGAAGAACCACCUCCCUCAGGACUCCCAGGACCUGGUCCUCGGCGGGGACGUGCCCAUCAGCUCCAUCCAGGCCACCAUCGCCAAGCUCAGCAUCCGGCCUGCUGGGGGCCUGGAUCCCCCAGGUGCCUGCCCGCCGGGCCCUGUGGAGCCCCCAGGCCUGCCGCCAGCCAGUCUUCCAGAGUCCACCCAGCUCCCCUCCUCCUCGCCACCCCCCCUCCCUUCACCCCUGCCUGAGACACCCCAGCCCGAGGAGGAACAGCCCGUCCCUGAGGUCCCGAGCCUGGGGCCCUCCUCCUCCUCACUGGAGCUGCUGGCCUCCCUCACCCCUGAGGCCUUCUCCCUGGACAGCUCCUUGCGGGGAAAGCAGCGGAUGAGCAAGCAGAACUUCCUGCACGCCCACAACGGGCAGGGGCUGCGGGCUGCCCAGCCCACCGACGACCCCCUCAGCCUCCUGGACCCACUCUGGACACUCAACAAGACCUGA